AUGACAGAAAAUACCGGCGCUCAAAAGCGUCAAGCAACUUUUAUAGACUCACAAGGGAAGAAGAAGAAACAGAAACUCAGCCCAGAGCAAGCUGCAUUACGAGGGAGAGUGGUCAAAUGCUGCAAGGAACAGAACCUCGCAGAGGCAACCGAGAUAUGCGAGGCUUUCUUCGACGGCAAGAUCGAGAUGGAGAGCGGCUACCACAAUCAACUACUCUACGUGCUAACCGGUGGCAGCAUGGUAGUGCCCACAGACACCCGGCCCCAGCUAGCCCUGCGGCUAUUCAAGAGCAUGCAAGACCGGGGAUGUACAAUUAAAGAGGCGUCGUAUACGUUACUGCUGCGUGCCUUGUGUGCCGCCCGGCAGAUAGUCGAGGCUGAGCAGGUGCUGGAGACCAUGCGUGAGCGCAGCGUGCACUUUAAGCUGCGCACGCACAGUGCGCUCAUGCGUGGCUACUGUGAGGUGGGCAACAAGCAACGGGCCUACGAGGUGCUGAGCCUGAUCCGCAAUAAGUUCAAAGUCCUGGCGGAGGUGGACUAUCUUCCGCUAUUGACGCUGGCUCUAAAGCGGGACGAGAUCGAUGAGUUUGACGCGCUGGUGCGUGAGCUGAUGGAAGACGAGUUCAGCCCGUCUAAGGAAACGUGGGGGCUAAUGCAGAAACGCUACCGUGACACGCACACGUGGGACACCGCGGUGUCUGUAUCGCCCGAGGGGGGGUGUGGGGCGUGCGCGUGUGUACUGAGAAGCGUCGAUCCCACGCCGGAGGAUAUAAGCACGCUGAUGGCUCGGAUGGAGGGCUUGGUGGUCAAGGAUGCCGACCGUGCGCGGGAUUGGAAGCUGUUUACUGCGUGGUUUGAGGAGAAUAAGUCCCGAUUUGAUACCGUUAUUGACGGGGCCAAUGUGGGGUUCUGGAAGAAGAACGGCAACGGCAAUGUGCCGACACGAAUUGACUACAAACAGGUGCAACGCCUUGUCAGUCAUCUGGAGCAGGAGGGCCGGCGGGUGUUGCUGAUACUGCACCACAGGCACCUGCUGCCGGAUUUCAUCGGCGAGAAUACGGAUAUCGGGAAUGUGUGGAAGGAGAAAGACAUGCUGUACACGUGCAAUUCUGGAAACAACGAUGACUGGUACUGGAUAUAUGCUGCUUUGGGAUUGGGGCCUGGCGGCGACUUCGUUAGUAACGACGAGAUGCGCGAUCACAAUUUCAACCUUUCCGAGCACAGAGCGUUUAAAAUCUGGAAGGAGCGACACGCUAUCAAAUUUGACUUUAUCAAACGGGAGCCACUCGAGCCCAGGGAAAUGAUUAUAGUUAAGCCGACCACAUACUCGUUCCGCAUGCAAAUAAACGCGGACAUGAGUUGGCAUUUGCCCUCGAAAAAGGCUGUGCCUGUAGAAACGGACGAAGAAGAGGGCGGCGAUGCAGAUGUGUCACAGAUGGAGACCUUGUGGAUGUGUUUGCGCAGGAAGACUGGUGGGAACACAGGGAACAAGGACAAUGGGUUAGUGGGAGUAGCUGGAACGGAUAGUGAAUCUGAACAGAACCCAGCUGUUGCCAAUACGGAAGAUGUGGUAAACGUAGAGGUCGCCGAGAAGACUGUUGAGAACACAGGGGACAAGGACGAUGGAUUAGUUGGAGUAGCUGGAACGGAUAGUGAAUUUGGACAGAACCCAGCUGUUGCCAAUACGGAAGAUGUGGCAAACGUAGAGGUCGCUGAGAGUAACAAAGAGGGUGAAACGAUCAAAAAAUCUGAGAGUAGACAAAAUAUUGAGAAUAUAGAAGUGAAUCAAACGUAAUUUUUUAAAUAAAAUAUAAAAAGG